AUGGCCUUCAACUUCAACUGGUCGCCGCUCACAGCGGAUGCCGACUUCUACCGUCGUGCACGCGACCUCUUGACCAAGGCCCUUAACAAGAGCCCGAAACCGCCCAUCAUCGUCGACGACAUCCUCGUCAGCGAAUUCAACCUCGGAACCGUGCCGCCCGAUUUGGAAAUCCUGGAAAUUGGCGACCUUGCGGAGGAUAGGUUUCGAGGCAUCUUCAAAAUGACAUAUUCCGGAGAUGCCUUCCUGACGUUGAAAACAAGAGUUCAAGCCAAUCCCUUGAACACAUACCUAUACUCUAAACCAACAUUCACAUCUCCGCAACCCUUGGCCGCCGCUUCUGGCCUAACGAUUCCACUCUCAAUCACAUUGUCCGAUUUCAAACUUUCGGCGUUUAUCAUAUUGGUCUUUUCAAAACAAAAAGGACUUACUCUCGUCUUCCGAAAUGACCCACUCGAAUCCCUUAAGGUAUCUUCUACCUUCGACUCGAUACAAUUCGUGCGCGACUACCUACAAAGAACAAUUGAGCAGCAAUUGCGGAACUUGAUGAUGGAUGAGUUACCGGCAAUCAUCCAUAGAUUAUCCCUUCAACUGUGGUGCCCUGAUCAAGCAAACAAGGGCACUGAAACUCCCACGGAGCCGCAAGAUGAAGCUGGUGUUGAUCCUCUGGCCAGCCCGCCGCUGGAUCCUGUUGACGUCAAUGGAAACUUGUUGGACCCCAAUGCUAUUUCCGAACUCACAUUGAAUGGGAGCGGUGAAGUGCAGUCUCUCUUUUCUCAGAAGAACUUAUUACGCCUUGCCGCCCUAACCGAUUCGCAUCGCACACUGUCUCUUUUCACCCCCGGCAUUCGCGAUGUUGUCUUCCGUGCUUGGACAGGAUAUGGGGACCGAUCAGAAACAGCUACGCCUUUGGCCUCGACUCCUACUCUCACCAAAACGAUGUCGUUCCAUGCAGGCAAUUCGACAACAUACACCUUCUCGGAUACUGCAAGCAAUGCACACGGACACCUCCCUGCUCGCCCUUCGCUUAUCAGCAUGAAUUCAGCAUCGAAUGGACGAGCACUGGGUGCUGGCGGACGAUCACGAGCAGGGCGCAAGAAGAAGACUCGCGUGGUGAAUCUGAGACGCACCAAAUCAGAGGCAGCUACUCCAGAAACGGGCAGUGAAGCCUCGGAUACGGCGUCUGUUGAUGUCCCUCUCACCGAGCCUGCCAUCGAAGAAUCCAUUCCCGAGGAGUCUGAGUCGUCUAUCAUCGCUGAGGCAUCUCCACCGAAUAACAAGGUUCGCUUCAGGGGUGCGACUGAAACAGGUCAUCCUCCGAUCAUGGCCAGUCUCCAAGAUGCUCAACUGAUGGGAUCUCCGCUCAAGAAUGCUGCCCAACCCCCAGGAUCUCACGAUUACGCAUCCAUUGCUGCUAUCACUGCUGAACUCAAGGCCCAGGGCAAGGCCUCGGGUUUGGAAUACCAAAGUGUCAGCUCAGAGAAUUCCUCUGUGAUUCUUGAACAAGCAUGGAUCAUGAAGAUGGCCGGCGAGAUUGCUAAGCGUGUUUACGACGAAAAGAACAGGCAACGCAGUCCCUGGGACGAGCGUGAAGAAGCACCGCCGCCAGCAUACGAAGCUGCUACCCAGUAG